UCGGCUUCAUUUCUUGUAUCCAGCAGCUCUCGCCGGACCACCACAACAGCGCCAUCCGCCGCCAGUCAACAUGUCGUCCUCACAGUCGAGAAGCGGCGGGGAGCGCAUGAUCCAUCAGGAUUACAUUGCCAGGAUACGAUACUCCAAUGCGCUCCCUCCGCCGCCGAUCCCGCCAAAGCUGCUCGACAUUCCAAACACGGGUCUUGCGAGCGGCCAGUACACGGCCCCCGGCUUCGCUUCGCGCCUGGCGCGUGAGCAGCCACUGAACAUUGAGGCCGAUGCCGAACUCGGAAUGCCCUUGGACCUGGUCGGCAUGCCGGGAGUUUUUGAUGGCGACGAGAGCUCCAUCCAAGCUCCAGCCCAGCCGCCGCCCGUCCACCCCCAUGAUCGCCCGCUCCUCCGCCCUCUCUCAACGCUCGGAAAGCCCAAACUGGGCGACACAGCCGUCUCUUUCCUGCGCCGGACCGAGUACAUCUCCUCGGUCACGACCAAGCCAAAACCGGCCGACCAUGUCUUCCUCCGGGCCUCGUCUGGCAACACGCCGAAACGGCCCGAGAAGCGCAAGGCCUCUCCCGAGCCGGACAAGGGCACGCCUGCAUGGAUCAAGCGGCGCAUCGAAAAGAGCUUCGAAGCGGCAGCCGCCAACCUCGCCGACCGCACGCGGGUCAAGCACCCGUCGAAGCGGAACCUCAAGGUCGUCGACGCCCUGCCCCUCCUCCCGGACCUCGAGGCCUUCCCGGACUCGGGCGCGUACGUGACGGUCAAGUUCAGCACCAACCCGGUCAACUCGAGCGACUCGUACGACACCCGCCUGCUGUCGGGCAUCUUCAAGCCCAUCGAGCGCACCGCCGCCGAGGAGCAGAUCUACGAGGCCGCUCGCGCGGCGUGGGAGGCCGACCCGACGCUGCCGAAACCGUCCCAGAUGAUGAACUACGAUCUCUUCCUGCCCGCCGACACCCUCACCGGCGAGAACUUCCGCAAAAAGUUCGACGUGGACAACCCGGACCGCGACAGCCACGCGCUCUACACCAGCAGCGAGGCCGGCGGCAGCUUCCGCUUCCCGCGCGUGCGCGCCUACGAGACGGCGCAGGAGAAGGAGAUGGACCACGACAACAAGUACGACGAGGAGGUCAUCCUGGCCUUCCGCGACGACGAGGCCGCCUCCAAGGGCCGCGUCGACGACAGCGCCCAGAAGGCCGUCUACUACUACCCCGUCAUGCAGCGCACCACCAUCCGCAACCAGCGCACCAAGAACAUUGCCCGCACCAUCGGCAUCGCCGACGAGGAGGAGACCCACCUCGACGAGCUGCACGUGCGCAUCGACGACCCCAGCGACGAGCUCAAGGCCGAGCUGGCCCGCUACAAGCACCAGCCCGUCGGGGACCUGUCCGAUGAAGACGAGGGCGGCGAAGAAGAAGGCGGGGAAGAAGAGUACGCAGAGCGGACGGGCGAGCAGGAGCCAGAUGAGGAGGCGGAGGGCGAGAGGGAGGACGGAGAUGAGGAGGAGCGGGCUGGGAGGAGGGAAGAGGAUAGUGAUCGUGGCUCCCGGUCUGCCAGCCCUGCUGCUGCCAACGGGGGACCGAACCACGAGGAGCAGCAGUCUGAUGUGGACCAGGACGCUGAUGCGGACGGGGACGAAGAUGAGUAAUAAGUAGAAGGGGACGAUCUGAGAAAGACCAAAAAAAGAGAACCAAAAAAGAGGAUUCACAUACCGUUUAAUGGUUAAGGUACAUUCGGAAGCAGCGCGGAGUUCGACGGCAGGUUUCAAAGAAAAAAAAAACAAUGCAAAGAGACAGAGCUUUGGAAAUUGGAAUCAACUCCGGAGUGAGCUAUCCCUAUCACGGAUCGUCCCAACGUUC